GUGGAUGAGGAGCACCUCCAGAAAGCUGGUGUCUCUGCCAGUUUUGCCUUAGGAGCCUACUUCCACACAGAAGCCAGCCAUGCUGUGAGAGGAAGUGCCCUGGCAGACCUUCAGCAUGUAGUAGAAGAUUUGCUGAAAGUGAGCUCCACACUGGAGUUCAAGUACUCAACCCUGAAGAGAGUGUUUGUUGAAGUGCUGAAGCAAUUCCCUGGCCUGAAGGACAGGUUCCCUGUCAGCCAACAAGGGAAUGCUGCCAAGGCAUUUGCAGAUGGCAUUUUGGUUGUCUGCAACCAUGCCAGGAGGAUUGGCAGAGAUGAGGGCAGACUGGCUGAGGCUUGGUCCAAACUCACAAGUUUCCAAGCUAAAAAGCUGGAAGAGAUAGCAGGGUGGCUGAAAAAAGAUGAGCAGCCUGCAAAAAGGUUUGGAGCAGAUAAGGAAGAAGCCACCCCAGUAAAGAAGAAGAAGAAUGAAGAAGAGAAGAAGGGUGUAAGCCCUGGCACAGCAGCACUGUUGGAAGAGUUCCAGAUCCCUUCCACUCAAGAGGAGGAAUCAGAAGAUGAAGGCCUGCUGGCUUCUGCCAAGAAAAGCAAGCCAAUCCCUGUGAGGAAAGCUCUGCUGAAAGCUGAAGUAGCCAAGAAAAGGCCUGCUGCCUGCAAGAAACCAGCUGCUGCCUGCAAGAAACCAGCUGCUGCCAAGGAUCAGAGGGGGCCAGCAGAUACUGCAAGUGAAGAGUCACAGAGUCACAAGGGCAUGGAGCAGAGCAAGAAGAUUGCAGCAGAGCUGAAGAAGAUGUUGGAGGAUGGCAAGACUUUGGGUGAAGUGAAGGCCUGCAAGGAGAAGAAGUUGCAAAAGUAG